GUACAACAAGCAGAAAUAAUGGCAGCUAACUUUGUGAGCGCUUCCAAGGUGGUAGUCCUGCUGGCAAUCUGCUUCGUCCUGAUUUGCAAAACUGUGACCGCCGGUCCUCAGCAUGUUUGCGCCUAUCCUCAAACUUGCACCGAUCCGGGUGAGAACGACCCGAACCACAUCGUGACAGCGACUGCGCAGUACAACCCGACCACCAUGGAAUGUGAGACCAUCCCGUCGGAGACAGGACCCCACAACUGCCAGAAGUUCGCGACCAUCGAGGACUGCGAAAAGAAUUGCGGAGAUGUCCAAGAGUAACCCAGGGCAUGCGCUGGCAACUAUGAGAACACGCACGGUCGACGACGACCCGGCGCCCUGGUAGGGAAAAUAAAGCGGCUCUCAAAAAUGA